AUGUCUUCAUCCACCUCCGACGAAUCAGCAGAUGCUCUACAACCGGUGAUGGAGAAAAUCACUCCUAUCAGAAUGCGAAUGCCUGUCUGCCGCCCCGAAAAUCUUUUCCACCUCGGCAUUCCGGAACGCCUUCUCCCCAUUACUGCCCGCUAUGAACUUCACUACGGCGUCGCAUUCUGUUUUUCGCAUUUCGAGGCGUUCGCCCGUGACAUCAACCCGCAUAUCCCAGACAGCAAGAUGGAAGCCUUGGUGUUCGGCAUGAGGUACCUCAGAAGGGUCACGAGGAUCCUCAACCUGUACGUUGCGCUUGUGGAGGACCCGGGCCGUACAGUGCUUUCCAACGAGUUCGUCGACGCGGAAACGGGUGGCAUCUGGAUACUUUCUAUCUGUGGUUCUGACAAUCCCUGGGCAGAAGGGCAGCCGUCACGCAAGGCUGUGAACGCGCUAAGUAGGAUUUUAGGCGAAGACUAUCACUGGUGGGUCAGCAGGCAGCCUAGGACUCCGAGGUAG